CAAAAACUUAAUCUAUAUAUUUUUUAAAAUUAUUUUUACAGGUUAUGAGUCAAAAUAAUGUACAUAUCUUGAUGGAGAAGGUUAACUAUCAUAUGAAAGUAAAUAAACAGUUGGAAGAUUAUGUUAAACGUUUACAAGUUUGUUUAAACUCUUGGAAAUCAGUAGAAGAACAAGUCCCAACUAAAUCUAUUGGUGAAUGUAUUCUUACUGCUUUAUACAAUCAUCUCAUCGAUAUGAAUAGAAACAAUAGUAAACUUCCAUUGGAGAAUAAUGCGGAUACAUUGUUUCCACGUGAACAAAAUCAGCUGGGAAGUAUAAACGAUUCAAAUAUUACUGAAAAUAAUGAUUUCCUUCAAUCUUCGUCUUCUCCAUCGAAAAAAUGCUCAAUAGCAAUAUCCCAUUUCACUCAACUUCUUCAUUAUGGCCGAAAUCAAGAAGCAUUUUCACUUGUAAGUAACUAUGGAGAAGAGAAUGGCUAUUUGUUAACUCAAUUGUUCAAUGCUUGUGAAGUCAUCAGCAGGAAUCAAAGACAAAGUGAUAUAUUACAGCAAUUUGUAGUGAAUAUUUUUCAAAAAGAUAUUGAAACUACUGAUGACAAUAACACUGGACAGAACCAAGCAAAUUUCACAUUCAACUUCUUAAAACGAUGUAUCCCUGUUCUAUUAGAAAAUGGAUAUGAUAAUUUAUUAAUGAAAUGGAUGAAAAGAAACAUUUCAAUGAUCAAUGAAGCAGUAGCAGAUACUAUAUUUAAAUCACAUCCCUCCAAUAUUUAUAUCAUAGAACAUUGUAGUUAUAUAUAUGAGAAACUCAGUGAAAAUAUAUUGAAUAAAAUAACAAAAUCUGGUAAUGAUAAAAACAAAAUUGGAAUGAAACUCCUAGAAACAUUGACACGAUGUCGGACUAAAUGUUUACAUUGUCUACUGAUAGUUAGAAAGAUUAAUCAUCUUCUAAAAUUGUUGGAUAUCUGGGGAUUGAGAAGUAAAGAUACUGAAAUUUCUCUUGAGUAUUCAGAGAAAGAAUUAUUUCAAUUAUUAUUGAAAUGCAACUGCCCCUAUUCAGCCUAUAUUUUCUAUAAUCUUUUAAAAAAUGGAAAAAUAUUGUGGAAAUCAUUUGGUUCUUUAUUAGAGGAACAAAUAGAGAACAAUGGAAACAAUCAUUGUCAUGGAAAUAUAAGAGUUACAGUACUACUGGGUGAUAUUCUGGAUAUAUUACUCAAAGAAGUUGAAAUUCAAGAUCAUCAUAAAAUUCUAGAAAUGACUGUUCAAAAAUUGGAAAUUAAAUCUCUUUCAUUUUGGAAGUAUUUACUUGAAAACAAUCCAUCAGAAUUUCGAGAUGUAUGCAAGAUAUGUGAAGCAUUUGAAGUAUUGAAAGUGAGAUAUCUACAUAUUCGUAGAAUGGUUCAUUUAGUUCAACUGGCUACUGCUGGCUUAUUGGCAAUUGAAUCUGUGCAUUAUUGAAAGUUAGAUCUAUUCAACUUCGUUGUUGUUAACCAAUAACAAGCAAUUGGUAUUACCUUGUAUGUGUAUGUUUUGUCAGGAA